UGUGUAUAUCUAUAUAUAAAUACUCUCUUCAUUUGGUUUCACUCUCUUCAGGGCCUGAAUGGAGAGCAGAACAACUUAAAUACCAAAUGCCUUCACAUGACAUACAGAUGUUUAAACUACAGACAAAUGAAGUGAAGUUUGUUCGCAAUCAGCAAAGGAAGGCUCAAAUCAAACCUCAACUCUUCCUCAACAAAACCAUCAAUUAUUGUUUCAAAUGCAGAACUGCUAUAGAAAACGGUUCAUACGGUGUGAAGAUCACUGUGGUUAAGAAUGGGCACCAGAAUAUCGGGUACACCACUACUGCCGAGGAGGACGACACCACUGCCAUCAAAGUGAACCCAUCGGAACCGACUCAUCCGACUCUGAAUGGCUCGACAGCUCUCUAUCACAUCGAGUGCUUUACGUGCGAAGAAUGUCGAGAGGUUUUGGUUGAUUUGAAAGCAUAUCUCUACGCAAACCCCGACUCCACCGAUGGGCCUGAAUGGAGAGCAGAACAACUCAAAUACCAAAUGCCUUCACAUGACAUACAGAUGUUUAAACUACAGACAAAUGAAGUGAAGUUUGUUCGCAAUCAGCAAAGGAAGGCUCAAAUCAAGCCUCAACUCUUCCUCAACAAAACCAUCAAUUAUUGCUUCAAAUGCAGAACUGCUAUAGAAAACGGUUCGUACGGUGUGAAGAUAACUGUGGUUAAGAAUGGGCACCAGAAUAUCGGGUACACCACUACUGCCGAGGAGGACGACACCACUGCCAUCAAAGUGAACCCAUCGGAACCGACUCAUCCGACUCUCAAUGGCUCGACAGCUCUCUAUCACAUCGAGUGCUUUACGUGCGAAGAAUGUCGAGAGGUUUUGGUUGAUUUGAAAGCAUAUCUCUACGCAAACCCCGACUCCACCGAUGGUUCAAGAGUUGCGAACAGUUUGUAUUGUAGCCGACACUUCGUUGAACUUUUUAAGCCGAGGUGCCAGUCAUGCGAUCACUUGAUCUUUGAUGAAGAAUGUACUGAAGCUGAGGGCAAGGCCUGGCAUUUGGGACACUUUGCCUGCAAUGAAUGCAAACGAUCGUUAGGCGGACAGCAGUAUAUUAUGGCUGAUCCAUCCAAACAGACAGAUAAAAAAGCAAUGUAUGGCACAAAAAGUCCAGUUCCCGACAAAAGGAAACAACAGUUACCCUAUUGUUUGACGUGUUUUGAUAUACUUUUCGGUGAAUUGUGUGAAGAAUGUGGAGAACUGAUAGGCUGUGAUGUCGGCGCCAUUUCGCAUGAGGGCCGGUCGUGGCAUGCGGUCGAUGUUUGUUUUAAAUGCAACUUAUGUUCAAAACCAUUACUUGGAAAACCAUUUUUGCCGGCAUUUGACGGAAGAAUCUACUGUUCCAUCACUUGUUCGCAGGAAACCAUUGAAAGGAAUCGGUUUAGAGAAAGGAAGAAACCGAGACCUCUGGCCCAUAAAGAUAAUAAAGUUUCAGCGAAUGUCACAAACUAUAGUCAAAACUUUGCAAACAAUUCAAUGAACCAACAAAUGCUUGAUUAUAUCCAAAGGUAUCAACAGUUUACAAGAGCUCCCGAUUAUGUGAUGGAAUAUAUGAAACAACAGCUGUUCCACAACGGCAUCGAUGGGCACAACGAUAUAAUCGGUGCCACAAUUGAAUGCGGAAGCAGUUUGAGUGAAGAAGAGCGCACAAACCAUCACAUCCUCGACCACAAGACUGUCUCCGCUAUUAAUAAUAAUAAUAACAAUAAUAUAAAUUACAAUCAAAUGCCAUCCAAGACAUCAUCAAACUCUUCUAGUCUUAAUAUAACACCAUUUGAUACAAAUACUAGGAAUACAUUGAAAUACAAUCCAUCGAUAACUUCGUCGUCUAAUGAAACGACACCUCUUUUGCUGCGAUCAUUGGAAGAGAGGGCUAAACAGUUGACACAAUUGAGCACUCAAUCCAAUCAACCCAUCCGUAAGACAAAGAUAUUCAGCGAGCAAUCUCUGCCACAAAGUGAGUCGCCGUCGCAGACAUCACAGGCGGACCAGUCGUCUAAUAGUUCCCUCAUUGAGAACAACAAUUCAAUGAAUCAUUUAAAUAAUGGAGAAGUGAUCGCAGAUGUGAGGAACUGUCUAGAAGUGGACACACCAUCGACUCAGUCGACAGCACUCCAGUCGACGUCCUCGCAAACCACUCCCGAAAUAAAUCCGAGGCAAUCGACCAACAAAUCGGUGACAUUUGACCCCAGCGUUAAAGAGCCGACCGGCCGUCGCACGACUCGGAAGUCGAGGUCGAGACCAAGCAAAAGACACUCGGAAUGGAGUGAUAGUCACUCGUGUUCCACAUGUAGUACCUGUUCCUCGUCUUCGUCUUCAAGCGAAGAGAACUUUGAUUACGAAUCAACUCUUGAGAGGAAUCGGAACCAAUGGUUGGGCGGAACCAAAAUACAGUACGUGUCCAACGAUAGGAAGAAGAAUGUGUCCAAUAAUAUAGUCCAACCAAACACUGUCCACAACCACAACGACAGCUGCACCAUAUCGUAG